GCCCAACGCGAACACGAUGUCGAGUGGUUUUGCUUUGACAAAUUCAAAGGAUCCAACGCUCCCCGCAACCAUCGUCAAAGCCUCACUCGCUGUUAUUGCCACUUGGAUCUGUAUAAAUGUCAACUCCACUCUGGCCUUAUCCAUUCCUCCUUGCUCUUUUCAAAAGUUAGCGCCCCUUGCUCUCUGUCAACGCCAACCGCCGUUGGAGCGGAGGAUGUUCACGGUGGCCGCGAAGAUGGACGAAGGCAACUGGGACCUGGGCGCGGUGGUGAGGAGCUGUCAAUCGUCGGGAGAGGCCGCAGCCAGCGCCGCCGUGUUGGCGUUUCCACCGCUCUUGGCGGUCGAGGCCGGCAAAGGCGGCGCCUUUAUGUGUAUAUCGGAAGCCUUCCGGAAACAGAGCGGCUUCUUGGAGAUGGAAGAGAUCUUCAAGUCCUCCAGCCCCAAAGUCCAUCCCCCGCCGGAGAAGGAGAGCGUCUCUUGGCCUCCUUCAAAUUCAUUUUGUGGGAAAGUGGAUAGCUCUCAAACUCCCCGCUCUCGGCGAAAGAAGAAACAGCAGAAGAAGAAGGUGGUGCAUCACGUCGCCGCCGACGGCUUCUCCUCCGACAUCUGGGCGUGGCGGAAGUACGGGCAGAAACCCAUAAAAGGAUCGCCUUAUCCUCGGGGAUACUACAGGUGUAGCAGCUCCAAAGGCUGCCCCGCCCGGAAGCAGGUGGAGCGGAGCCGGACGGAUUCGGCGGCGUUCAUCAUCACCUACACCGGCGAGCACAGCCACCCGAUGCCGACGAACUGCAACUCCCCCUCCGGAAGCACCCGCCUCAAGAUUCCUAGGUCACCCUCCGGCAGCAACCAAGAAGCCAGUCCCCUGUCCUCCACCACCACCGCAUCUCUCUCGGCUUCCAUCCUCACCCGGCCAAAUGAAGUUUUCGCAGUGGAGGAAGUGGAGAUUGAAGAAGAAGAGGAGGAGGAGGAGGGGCAAUUGCUGGUGGACGACAUGGAAAUAAUGGGCGAGGACGACUUGCUCUUCGUGAACUUAGAGGAGAGCGCCACCGCGUCCCCGGCUGCGGAGAUGGCCGCCGCCUUAUCGGACGGCGAGGGCAACCUCGACCACCACCUGCUUCCUCUGCUGUGGCGGCCGAGAUCGGCAUAGAGCAUCCGAUCUAAAUGAUUAUUGCUUGUUAAUUCGUAUAAAGAGGAAUAAAAAAAAUCAAUUUAUUCGCA